CCUCCCCUCUGUGCGGAGCCGAACGGCGGACCGAGCUGCAGGCGCAGCGUUCACUGACCGCAGGCCUGACGACGCACAACAACUCCUCUCUCCUGGUCGUUUCUUGUCUCAGAGGCGCGAACUGUGCUACGUGAGUCAGGCUGAAGUCUUUUAACUUCUUGGGACGUUUUAAAGGAACCGAACGGGACAAAAACAACAACUCUGAAGACUCAAAAAUUGUUCCUUUGCGAAUUAUUUCUGCGUCUACAGGAACAAGAAUGCCGCUAUAGCAACUUUAAAUAUUCAUACUUUAUUUCCAUUUAUCUAAAGGGUGGGUGAGCUUCUCUAGCCCAAAUAUUAGUGGAUAAUCAGUGAAUGCAUGACUUCAGAUCGUCUCGCGCCGGGAUCUCUAAUUGGACUCAUCACCCCAUCCCGUCCCUCUCGCGAUGCAGCAGGAGCGCCUGCUGAAGGUGUUGGUCAUCGGCGACCUGGGUGUGGGUAAGACGUCCAUCAUAAAGCGGUACGUCCACCAGGUGUUCUCCCAGCACUACCGGGCCACCAUCGGGGUGGACUUUGCCCUCAAAGUGCUCAACUGGGAUCACAAAACGGUGGUGCGGCUGCAGCUGUGGGACAUCGCUGGACAAGAACGCUAUGGGAAUAUGACCCGUGUGUACUACAGAGAAGCAUUGGGGGCCCUUGUUGUCUUCGACAUGACCAGGUUGGCCACGUUUCAGGCUGUCCUCAAGUGGAAACAAGACCUGGACACAAAAGUCACUCUGAGCAAUGGUAAGCCCGUUCCAGCCGUUCUGCUAGCCAACAAGUGUGACCAACGUCAACUUGGUCUGUGUCCCAAACUUCCAAAGCUGGAGAACUUCUCCAAGGACCACGGCUUUGUUGGCUGGUUUGAAACAUCCGCUAAGGACGACACCAACAUCGACAAUGCCAUGACGUGUUUGGUUAAAGCGAUCAUGUCUGCGGAGGAGGAGAAAGCGUUAAGUGACGCCACCCGAAGCGAGUCCGACGGCAGAGUCAUCGUUCUGCCUCGUUUCGACUACAGCGCCAAGGAGAAGGAACUCAAUGGCUGCGCCGGGUGCUCCUCCACCAAGCCCAGACCCAGAACCAGUGACUGAUGCAGACCCACUAAUACCACGGAGCGACGACUUCAAGUCUUCCCCUUUCUAACAUUUAGAAGUUUCCCUAACUAUCUGGCGUUUUUUUGGAAAACUCUAUUGGAGAAGUUUUCUGACAUUUUUGCUUUUCCUCCAAGUCUCGUCUUUUUUUUUUUUUUUAAUAUAACAUACAGGGUAUAGUAUGUUUUUAAAGACCAAUUUAAGAUUGACUUCAGUAACUUCAAAAGCAUUUUCUUGUGGCUGCAGUGUUGGGAAAGAGUUUUGAGACAAAAUGAGGCAGACCAUUGUUAAAAGCACAUCAGCAGUUGUGAGACUUUUCUCUCUUCUGUCUUAAAGGCUUUUCUUACAAAGCAUUUUUUAAUUGUCCUAAAUGUUUGUCUAUGAAAGCUCAUUGUUCUAUGUAUUUCUGGAGUGAUUUAUUUACAUUUUAGAUCAGUUAAUUAUUAGUUAAACUCUGUCAUGUUUUAUCCUGUUCUGUCUGAAAAGCACAUUUCCUUUUUAAUGAUGACAGUGUUUUUGUCCUGCAACAGAAAAUCUUUUCUAUUUAUGAUGCAUAAAUUAACUACCGCCCUCAACACACGUCUUCGGAUCCAAUGAGACCUAAAUACAUGGUGAUGCUAGUAGGAAACCUUCCACAAUGGCUCUUCAUUUAGCUACAAAAGUGUAGAAACAGCAACUUUUUUAAAAUAUAGACAUAACAAAUGCAGAUUUCAGCAGGUUUGGAAUAAACAUUGCAUUAAAAGUCCACAAAAGGAUGAUACAAGUAUCAGUAAUAUUUACUUUUUUCGGUCAUUACUUUGGAAAUUACGUGUUUUUUUGUUUGUUUGCAUCCCAUAAAAAAGUAUCAAUCCUCUUUUUGUAAAUGUCUUUAAAAAUGACCACAAAUUCCCCAUAGUAGAUAUUCAAGUUGCCUUUUCACAAAAGNUUACNCAUUUGUGACUCUAAAGUUUUAUUUUGUUGGACUGAGGGCAAAAACGGUUGCAGACUCCUGGCUCAAAUCGUAUCCGUGCAAUAAAAUGACCAAUUCCUAAAUGUAACAUUAGAAUAUUUUCCAAUCCUUGAAUGUUGCUCACACACUUAAUGCUCAGGUUUAUAUGUGUUUAUAUUUAACAGACUGCAGAAGCAGCAUCACAACCUGUUACUUUCUUCUGUUCCACCAAGGCAGACAUGUUUGAUAUGUAACUCCUGGGUAUUUGUGGUGUACCACAGUCUGGUGACAGCCUGUCAAAAUAAAGUUGUGUGUGUGGGGGGAGAAAGUGUUUUUGUAGAUGAAA